AUGGCUUCAUUGGCUCGGAUACGGCUGCCCAGACGACUUCCUUUCGCGGUGCGCGCCAUCCAAACGUCGGCGGACACGACGGAGCUGCACCACGCCCCCUCCGACCCGUCUCACCCCAUGACAGUCAAGCUUCAUGAGGAUUCGUUUCGCGCAUACCAGUGUGAUGUUCCAGAGCUGGAGGUGCAGGUCACCAAGGAUGAUCUGUUGACUAUGUACAAGCAAAUGCAGACCAUGCGCCGUAUGGAAAUGGCAGCGGACGCUCUGUACAAAGCAAAAAUGAUUCGGGGGUUCUGUCAUUUAGCUAUUGGUCAGGAAGCUGUUUCUGUCGGGCUCGAGCACGGCAUAACACCUACGGAUAAGGUCAUUACUGCCUACAGAUGUCAUCCUUUCGCAGUUCUACGCGGCGGCACCAUCAAGGGUGUUAUUGCUGAGCUCCUUGGCCGACAAGGUGGCAUGUCACACGGCAAGGGCGGUUCUAUGCAUAUCUUCACCCCAACAUUCUUUGGCGGCAAUGGUAUUGUCGGCGCCCAGGUCCCUGUCGGCGCUGGCAUCGCUUUCGCUGAGAAGUAUCUCGAACGACCAAAUGCCACGUUUGCUAUGUACGGCGAUGGAGCGAGUAAUCAAGGCCAGGUCUUUGAAGCCUUCAACAUGGCUAAGCUAUGGAACCUUCCUUGUGUCUUCGUUUGCGAAAACAACAAGUAUGGUAUGGGUACGUCUGCGGAGCGUAGUUCUUCGAACACCGAGUACUUCACUCGUGGAGACAAGAUCCCAGGUAUUCAGGCUAAUGGUAUGGACAUUAUCGCCGUGCUUCAAGCCGUGAAGUACGCACGCAAGUGGACUGUGGAGGAUAAGAAGGGUCCAUUGCUCCUUGAGUUCGUUACGUACCGUUAUGGCGGACACUCGAUGUCUGAUCCAGGAACCACUUACCGUACCCGUGAAGAAGUACAGAGGAUGCGUAGCACGCAAGACCCCAUCCGCGGCCUGCAACGGUACAUUGAAGAGUGGGGUCUGGCCUCUGAACAAGAUCUCAAGCAACUUGAUAAGGCAGCCAAGGCCGAGGUUGAUCAGGCCGUAGAAGAAGCUAAAACCUCCCCCGAACCCCAGGCUAAGGACCUUUGGACCGAUAUCUACUACAAGGGCACAGAGCCUCCCUACAUGAGAGGUCGUGAACGCGAAGAGGUCCACCAGUACUGA